AUGGCACUUGCCGAUUACCGGUCUCAGAACUCGGGAUACGAAACUGCUGAAGUCAUGCAGCCUGCACCACCUUCUCCAGUAUCUGCUGAUGGAGGCGAUCAACAGGCAUACAAUACUGACGGCAAGCAAUUUCCUUCCCCUGCUUACCCAGCGCCAUCUCAGCCUGCCUACCCAGCACCAUCUCAGCCUGCUUACCCUGCACCAUCUCGACCUGCCUACCCUGCACCAUCUCAACCUGCUUACCCUGCACCAUCUCAACCUUCUUACCCAUCUCCACCUUCACCCAGCUAUCCUAAAAGUCCUCAGCCAAACCCAACUGUUCCAUCCACUUACACAGGACAAAGUAAACCAUCCUACCCUGCCCCAUCUCAACCAGCUUACCCAGGAUCGGCUCAACCGACCAAUGAAUUUCCAAUGGUAGCACUUGAUGAAAAAGAGGGCGACAAUUCGCGCUGUUAUCGCACUCAGGGCUCAGAUCUCCAAAGGUAA